AGGAGCAUCUGGUGUUUGCCAUGUGGUGCCAUCACAUCAGGAGGCUCCCGUGGACUCGUGAGGACUCUCCAGCAGAAAGCUCAUCCUGGUGCCCAAGUAGCACCGUGAAGGGAGGAGUCUCGAGCCAGCACGACUUACUCCAGUGACCCGCCCUGUCAACCAGUUUGUUCUGCUGUGCUCCUGAGCAGCUGGAGUGAGACAGUGCGCUCGAAAGCAGUCUGGUAAAGGCUUCUGGAUGGCUCUGAGGAAGGUUGCUGGAAGUCGCUGGAGGUGAAGCAGAAGGGGCCAACGCUCCACUCCAUGCUUGGUGAUAAGAAGGACGGGAGCAGAGAAGCCUGAGGUCCCGGGGAAACAAGUCCUUCAAGGACUUUGUGCUGAAACAGCUGCAAGAUCAGGACUGUCUGGAACGAAGCAAGGCUGCUGGGGAGUCGACACUUAAAUGUAUGGUCAGGUUUGUACUAUGCUCGGAAGAAGAUGCAGUCGUGGGCAGUUCUCCCAGAUCCUGCUGUGGGCUCCUUAUCUGGCAGGAGGGCUGUUGAACACUGUUAGGAGUGGGAUGGCAAGUCAAGGAGAUCUGCUCAUGUUGGCCUCCAGGCACUGAGGUCAUAGCUUAUAAAACAAAGGAGACGGCAGGCAGAGUGUUAUAAAGAGACUGAGAUUGCAGUCGGAAUCGUAGUAACUUCCUUUUACAGGGGCACCUGGAAACUCAGCUCCUGCUCCUGCUUCAUUCGGAUCGGGAGGCUGAUUAAAGCAGGCUGAGACCCAGACUGAAUUUGCUGGGCUGAGGAUUAAAGCUGAUACCAAAGAAUGAAGGAUUUAUGCCUCGUUUUUCUCAGUUGGAAGUUGCCUUUUGGGGGUCUUCUGAGUUCCCUAUGCUAUGGAGGAAAAGGGCUAGCAGCAGGCCUCCCUACAUCAGCUUGAGCCUCUGCCACCACCAUAGGUAGGCAGCUGAAAUACCUCCUGAGCAUCCUAGUGAUCCUUUAGGGGUGGUCCACAAAUCCCUCUUUUUGUGGGUGCCUGUGUUCACAGGUUCUGCUUGGAUGAAGAAGGGCGGAAAGGUGCAGCUUUCAUUGUUAGUUGAUGUGGAGAGGCCGUCUCAAGUGAUUAAAAGCCAGCUUUCUUUUCAAUUCGUGAAGAUGCACCUUCAUCAGAACGGUUGUUGCCAUCUUCUUGCCAAGCUCCUCUGAAGAGGUGCUGGUGGUGCUCAAGGGGGCUUUUAAGCCACUACCCCCUCCCCCAACCUCUCCAGUCCAUCAGUUCCAAAUGCUUUUGACUGUGAAACGCAGGUGAGGAGCUGUUGCUGGCCAGAUAUGGCAGAACACCUGGAGCUGCUGGCUGAGAUGUCUGCAGUUGCCCGUAUGGGUACCCAGGAGCGACUCAAGCAUGCCCAGAAGCGCCGCACACAGCAGCUGAAGAAAUGGGCGCAGUUUGAGAAAGAAGUGCAGGGUAAGAAGGCUAAAGUGGAGAAGAAAAGAAAGAGGGCCGCCAAGGAGAAGCGAGUGGUCUUUCCUGAAAACAUCCUGCUUUUGGAGGCUGCAGGCCGCAAUGAUGUGUCAGAAGUUCAUCACCUCCUUCAGAGUGGCAUCAGCCCCAGCUUGUACAAUGAGGAUGGACUGACUGCAUUGCACCAGUGCUGCAUCGACGACUAUGUGGAGAUAGUGGAGGUGCUGCUAGAAGCUGGUGCUGAUGUCAACGCCUGCGACAGUGAGCUCUGGACCCCCUUGCACGCUGCCGCCACUUGCGGGCACCUGCAUUUGGUGGAGCUGCUCAUUCAAAGAGGUGCCAACCUGCUUGCCGUCAACUCGGAUGGAAACAUGCCGUACGACCUCUGUGAGGACGAGGCAACGCUGGACUACCUUGAAACGGCUAUGGCUGACCGAGCGAUCACUCAGGAGACCAUUGAGGAGGCCCGCUCAGCUGUUGAGCGCACCAUGGUGAAUGACAUCUGUCGGUUGGUGAAAGAAGGAGCUGAUCUGAAUACGCCACUGGACCACAGCGCCACCCUGCUGCACAUUGCUUCAGCCAAUGGUUACCUGGAGGCAGCUGAGCUGUUGCUAGAACAUCAAGCCAGCACGAGCGCCAAGGACAACGAUGGGUGGCAGCCACUUCACGCCGCCGCUUGCUGGGGCCAGAUCCCCUUGGUGGAGCUUCUGGUGGCCCAUGGAGCAGAUCUCAACGGGAAGUCAGUGUUGGAGGAGACCCCGCUGGAUGUGUGUGCAGAUGAAGACGUGCGCGCCAAACUUCUGGAGCUGAAGCACAAGCAGGAUGCCAUCAUGAAAUCACACGACAAGCACAAGUCGCUGCUCCAGCGCCGCACGUCCAGUGCUGGCAGCCGAGGGAAAGUGGUGAGGCGGGUCAGCGUGACACAGCGCACCAACCUCUAUCGCAAGGAGCAUGAGAAGGAGGCCAUCGUAUGGCAGCAGCGGCAGAGCGAGGGAGAGAUGGAGGACGAGGAUGGGCAGACCGACGCACAGCUCCAGGUCCAGCAGGACCCCGAAGCGGAAGCAGGGGGGCCGGAGGAGUGCAACGGCACGGCCCCCUCUCAGCACUUCUACUCCAAGCGGUCGGAUCGCAGCCUUUCCUACCAGGUGGCUGCCCAGGAGGACCCUGCCGCCGGCCUCAGCAAGGAGAAGGCUCGCCACACGUUAGCGGACCUCAAGCGCCACCGGGCAGCGGCCAAGCUGCAGCGCCCCCCUUCCGAAGACCUCCCACCCGACACCAGUGAGGCCCCGCCCCCCACGGCAGAGCACAACGCUGUGUAUUUUACAGCAGCCAGCGGGGAUCCUCCCCUCCUCAAGUUGACUGCCCCGGCCGAAGAGAUGCUGGCACAGAAGAGGCGUUGCUGUAAGCUGAUGUGAGCAGGAGAGGUUGGCCUCCUCAGGGGCCGCUGGGGUGGGGCCCGUGUCCUUAGCGCUUCAUCCAGGGCAAGAGGGGGAUGUUGCAGCCCCAGCAGGCUCCCCUCGGGCGGUGGCCAAGGGGCAGCAUUGGUGAGCUGCUCUCUGGCUCUCUGAGCAGAAAUGUGGCCUGCCAGACUCCGGUUCCUCCCAGGCUGCUUCCUGGAAUUCUGCCGUGCCUUCUGGGAAGAGCCAGGCCCCUGAGGAGCAGAAGCUUCUUGGGAUCCUAAGAGGGGAUGAAGCUCUUCUGCCGCCCUUGUAGGCUUUGGAGAUCUCAGGGAGGGCUGAAUGCCCACUUGUAUCUGCCUGGCCUAGGACUUUCACUGGGCACUGAGGCCCAACAGGGUAGUGAAGGUGCCAGCCUUGCCCAGGAGAUACCAGCUGGGGCUGGCAGGCAGAGGUAUGGAGAUGGCAGGUGGGCUUCUCUGCCCACCCCUGCCAUUCUCUCCAACCCAACUGUUUUCCAGCUGGUUAUCUUUGGCUCCAGAAUGAGCUACAAGUGGGGAGCAAUCCAGUCUGCCCCCUUUGCCAGCUGAGCAGGACAUGAGGCUGGCUUCAGCACUAGUGGAGCUCCGUCCCAGAAGGUCUGGCUCAAGAAGCUGGUGAUCAUGAGAUGACCGCAAGGAGUGACUUGCUUCCGCCUGGUGCAGCCCCAGUUUGGUAGCCCUGGGCCGGGUGCUCCAAGUCAACGUGAAGUGACUGCGCUCACGCCCUUCCUCAGAGAUCUGCUGCUGCAGAGAAGGGCAUGCGGAAGGAGUCAGGGAGGGUGGGGCGGUGGGGGCCUUGGGUGGAUUUCAGGGAGUAGAAACCAGCGGAUUUUGUGGGAGGCUGCCUCAACCUCAGAAUGUUCUGGGUGAAUUGAGCUUUGAAGAGACGCUCACCUCUUUCCCUUUGUACUCAUUCGCAAGUGCAGGGGCCUGGGGCAGUGCGUGUGUGUGUGCGUGUGCGCACGUGUGUGUGUGAGAAAGGGGGGGGGGCAUGAGAAUGCCAUGGUUGCUUCCCACCAGCCUUACCUUACUUUGCGGGGUAGCAGUGGCCUUAAAAGGGUGGGAGGUGAACCAUGCCAGGCUUCCAGAGCAGGGAAAGGUGCUGGGGUUGAUCCUGACCUCCUUGGCAGGGAGCCUUGGGCGCUCUGAGGCCGCUGCCCCACUUGGGCUCUGCAGCGCUGCAAGGCUCCUGUGCCGAUGAAUUAGGGGCACCUUCGCUGGAGCUCCGGGUGGGUAAGCAGAAGGCCUCCAAUGCGGGCAUGCCUGGCUGGUUGUGAAAAUCAGCUGCCUGGUGUCGGCUUCCCCACAUCCCCCCUUUUUUUCUUGCCAGUAACUUUGCAGGCUCCGAAUUUCCUACUCCUUUUUACAUAAUGCUUUUUGUAAAAUUUUACAGUGUUUUUUUCUAACUACUAAUUUUUAAUCCUGAUGUUUUUCUUGUCAAUGGUAAAGCAAUAAAUGAGUUGUCUGUCCUUUCUGAUCCUCACCAGCCCAUUGGGAACUUGCCCCCUCUGUGUGUAUGCUGGAAAUCAGAUCCUCCACAAGGACCAGUUUUUACUUCUCUGUCCUCCCCAGCUGCCGCCCCAAACAUCUUCCGGGGAGCAGCUGAAUUCCUGGGAGAAGCCUUGCUCUGCGGGGGCAGCCUCCGGAGGUGGCUUCUCCUCCCUCCCUUCCCAGAAUUCCCCAGCCAGCCUGCUGGGAGUUGAAGUCCACGCAUCUGGAAGUUGCAAGUUUGAAAAGCACCGGUCUAGACUCCAAGGGGAAAAGGGUGCUUGGCUGGCUCAGCACAAGCAAAUCCCCUCUUUCUUGCCUCUCUUUUUCUUGUCCUUCCUUCAAAAAUGAAGGUGGUGUGCAGGGCCAUCCCUUCCCAUUUCAGUGGGGGCUGGCCUUGCUUCCCCAGAUCCUGCAGCCCAGCCAGACCUGGAGAAGGAAGGAUUAGCCCUGGGAGUGAGAAGGUUGCAUGAAGGCAAGAUCCUGGCCAGCUUGGUUCUCUUGGGGUGCUUUCCAAAGGCAGGGGGGGUCCUUUGGGCAUAAGCUGCUAGUCCUCAGUGGGGAACAGCCCUUUGUCUGGGUCUUUGCCUUCCUGCAGGCUGCCCUCCUGCUACCUUUGGCUCCUGUCUCGAGCAGGACUGAGCUCAGCUGGAGCCCCGCAUCAUCGCUGAGUCCCAGCGAGCUCUGCCUCUUCUCCCAUUUUGGCAGCGUGCAGAUGUUUGACUGCAGCCCCUCAGGGCAGGGAACUGUAGCACGAUCCCAACGGUGUUUUGGCCAUCUUGGCCAUCUGGGGUCUCGCCCUGAACCCUUUAGCCCCUUCCCCUCUGCUCCCAGGCCUCCGUUUGAGGAACCUUUUCGGUCUGCUUGCAAUGCUGUCCUGGGGAGCUCUGCUCGCAAGGCAAGGGCUCCACAGUGGCAGGUCCACAGUCUGGGGGCAGCUGGGCACACUCAAGAGGAAGCCCGGGCAAAAGCAAGUCGCUCUGCGUCGCUGGGCCUCUUGGUCAGGAGACCUGCGCCUUCCGUGAACAAGCAGCUCAGAAUGGACAGCUGGUGCUGUCUGCUGCUUAGUUCUCAGCAAACGUGUGUUUCAGGACAAAAGUGGUUUGGGAGAAGAGUUUUCAUGGGGUCUUUGGGUGAAAAACUGACUUUCCAAAAAAACACGGACCAACGCGGUGUGGCAAGUUUGGUAUGUAGGGAGUCCCCAGUUGAAGAACGAGUUCUGUUCCCACGGUCUGUCCUUAAGGCGAAUUUGCAUGUAAGCUGGGACAGAAUGAUUGGACAAUCCUGAAUGUGUAGUACUGCGUAAUGAACUCAAACCAUCGUGUAUUUUACUUGAACCGUUGUGUAUUUAACUCGAAUUUUGCUACAGUAGGCUCUGUUCUUAACUUGGGGUAGUCUGUAACCUGGGCAUUCUUAUCCUGGGGACUCCCUGUACUUGAAAAACCUAAUUGCACAUGAAGAUACAUGUUUCCUGACCAAACUGGGGAAAGGGUAAGCUUAACUUUUCCUCCUGUGAUUUUGCUCAUGUGUUUUUCAUUCAGAAUCUAUUGAAGAAGAGUUUUUUGAAAAUCA